GCGUGCCGGCAAGAGGAGUGGAAUGACUUCGUGGAAGGGAGUGAGGGAAGAAGGAGACUGUGCGUACGCUCCCGGCGAAAAGGGGGUGUUGUCUCAUCAGUAUCGUAGAGAACACGUUCGGUGACACCAGCAGUUCCUUGCCAACUGUUUCUCAACCCUUACAAGAUUAGAUUAUUUCAUUCGAAUUGAACCGAUCGUGAUCCGUGCGAACGAUACAUCGAUCACAACUGGACACCAGACGCAUUGAAGUCUCCGAGUGACCGGCCAGAAUGUCGUCUCGAAUAGAGUGUAUACUGGUGAUCUUUGGUUUGGUCCUUCUUGCACAGUCAGGUUCCGCUUUGCGAUGUUGGGUUUGUUCUUCGAGCUCAAAUGCUCUAUGCGGAGACCCAAUGAACGUCACAGAUCAUCAGGCGACAUUCCACGCAAAACGCUGCGAAGAAAGUAUGCCUUAUGACUCGUCCAAACCGAUAUGCCGCAAAAUCGUGAAAAAAGAAAAUGGUGAACGAGUGGUGAUACGUCAGUGUUCAACCCCGAACGUCGACGAGGCGGAUAUCACCGACGGUCCCUGCAGUGCAAUGGCGAUUUCAGGUCCAAAUGUGAUCGAAUCUUGCCACAUUUGCAGCACCGACCUCUGCAAUUCUGCGACGAGUGCAUCGAUUCUGCAAUCUCUUUACGUGAUCGCCCUAGCAUUUGUGGGCUAUCAUUUCUUCCAAUCAAAAUAUAACUUUAUUUAACGUUGCGGAAGUUUUAUGGUACAAAUAACAAUUGAAAACAAGGAAAAGAAUAAAUCAUUCGGAAAAUUAGGAGAAAACAUGUCACAUCGGAUAAGUUUAACAUGAAAACUACCAGACGGGUCAAAAUGGCCCAUUCCUAAUUUGUUCAUUUUGCAAUUAUAAAAAAGGCAACAGAUGUUUUUCUGAGAAAUUGUUAAAGAAAUUUUUUGAGCAAUACGCGAAUUGAAUUAUAAACCAAUUAAAAUUUCAAUAUAUGCACUUUUGGAGUUUUUAUAGAGGAAUUUCAAAAAGUUGAUUUAACUGCUCGCUAGUUUUAGUGUUAAAUUGAAUCAAUGUCGCGUGUAUCGUAACCUUUCCACGGUUUCUUCUUGUCGAUAUUCGCGGUGGGGACGUGUUGUAUUAAUAAAAUGGUUGUAUACGGUCAGGACGAACUCGUUAGCGUUUUAUAGUUAGAUACCUCGUUAGCUGCGUAUCAGAUAUUCGACGUAAACGCGUCAACGUAGCCGCGCUAACCAUACGCUAAACGCUUUACUUAAAUUAAUCGUUCGCGUAACGAUCUACCUACAAUAUUUCCGUGGUAAAGAAGUUACGUUCAAACGAGGCCAUUAUUUUUGUACCAUACGUGUACAUAGGGUUGAUGUCAGCGACGCGGUUCUAUAAUAAAGAGAAACAGUUUAUUUGGGGCACGUUUUCGCAAUCGCGUCCUCGCGUCACGGUUUACGAAAAGUUUGAUCGAGUAACUAACAAGCGUGUGACACGUUCACGCUGGUAAAAUAAUAAAUUUAAAUUUGUGAAAUGAAUUUGAUGCAUGCAUUGUUCAUAGACUUAUGAUUUUCUUUUCUUGCCGUAUAAAAUGGCGAACGAGUGGUGAUACGAACCACUGGUGGUAUACAGCUACAUAAUUUAUAACAUUAAAGUAAAUCACAACGUUAAUAAUUAAAUUAUUUACCAAAUUAUUUACAUUUACCCACUGUUAGCAACUGGAGUUAGAAAACUAGAGACGUAACAAAAGAAUGCACUUCAAUAUUAUUUAUUUAAGUGUUAUUAUUAUUAUUAUUAUGAUCAAUGGUUAAACAUAUUGAACAUAUCCUAGCGUGAAUGCGUUAAUACCGCACGCUGUUAGAAGUAGAUAGAGCUCCUUUCUUUUAUUUUAAUGUUCUGUUUAAUCGUCGCUUUCUCUUUCUUCGACUUUUGAAUCUUCGGUUAGGCACUAUAGUCACUGACAAAACUUGUGAAACAAAAUAAUUUUUAAGGUGUCAUGUUUGUUGUACUCAUAAAUUAUUUGUGUAAAUUGAUUUUGUACAUUGUUUGAAUUUUUUAAAGUUUAGAUAUGUUAAUUCUAGAAGAUUAAUUUAAACAUUAAUUUUAAUAACCUUUUUCACUCUAUAGUCUCCAUUACAACAUUAUUUAUAGCAUUAAAUAUUUUAACAAACAAGGUUGAAAAAAACUAUCUUAAGAUUAUUGCAUUUGCUACGGAUGCAAAUUUUCUCUUAAGAAGCAAAAUGGAAAAUCUAAGAAAUGUUGUAAUAUAAUAUUUGUUAGUUUUCACAAAGGGUACUAUAAAAAUAGCUUGGUGUUACUGGUACCUUUAAAAAUCGGUUGGAGUCGUAAGGGUUAAAUUAAAAGAAAUGCACUUGUCUAAGCUUAAUUCACUGGUUUUGUAAGUUUUGUCGGUGGUCGUGUAUCUUGAAUCACUUUAAAGAAAGCAAAAGCAAGCGGAAAAAAUAGCUUAUCAGGUAUCCGUCCAAAGCUUAGAAUAUGAAAUUUUUCUUUUACUUCACGGCCAGCGACAGUCUGUAGUCCGUCGAGUAGCGUUUUGUUAUACGUUGUCGAAGUACAACGAAAUAAAUGGAUAAUUUAAAAUGUUCGUAGAUUAAGUUUGUUUGCGUACAAAAUUGCUUUGUUGCUGUUUUCUUUCCUUCGGCGUAAUGUACACUCUUAGCUGUAUGUAUUUUGUAAAAUGUAUUGACUUAUUGCAUAUCUGAAUUAAAAUGUUUCUCUUCA